AGAAACAUCCUGAAAUCUUAGAAAUGUAUGAAAAUCCUAGAAACAUCCUCAAAUCCUAAAAAUAUCCUAAAAUUUAUUAACAUCCCAAAAUCCCAAACGUAGUCGUAGAAACAUGUAUGGGGCUGCUGUGACUGGCCUCCAAGCAAAGCAGGAGGACUAUUUCUGCCGUAGCGACAUUUGGACAGAUUCAGCAGAAUUGGGAAAAGAAUUUUGGGAAUUUGUUAUAGAAAUUGAAAGAUCAUCUGCAUAGAGAUUGAUCUUGAUGUUUGCCUGUAUUUACAUGUUCAUGUCUGAGUUUUUCACCACUACAGCUGCUUUGUGUAGCAUGAAAAACAUAAAUAAGUGACACUUCUGUUGUAAGAAAGACGGCGUCUCCGUCUUGUUCCCCCUCCACUGAUGAAAUUCCUCAGACAACAUAUUUCGGCUGUGGGGUGUGUGUGUAAUAAUUUUACAGACGUCAGGUUGAUGAGGAUUUGAUGCUCCGUCGCAGGCUGAAGCAGAGGAUUUGUAGUUCUCCCCUCAGGGCCUAAACUUCAUAGAAAAGAAUUUCAUGAGGACUAGCCUCCACACCGGAGACGCCUCAACCUGCCCGAGGAAUUCAGACAAGUCCUCGCUUUGACAAACUCUAAACAUCAGAGUGAAGAAGAGGAUGUUUGUCUCUCCAGCAGAGAGGAGAGGAAACAGCGCUGUUUUCCUGCAGAAACAGCCUAAAUGUUUACAUCUGCUGAAUAUAUUUACGGCUCAGAUCGGGCAUGUUUCAGCGUGACGUCACGGUUGUGGUUUCUGAAUUGUAUGUUCACAGAGCGAGCUGAGGGAGAAGCAGACGGAGAUGGUGAAGACGGUGACGGCGGCAGAGAACGCCAUCAACAAACUCCAGGUCAACACCGUCUCCAUUGAGCACUCUGUGACUGAGGUACGAGCUGUGAUCGAGAGCCAGUUCGACAAGCUGCAGGCGGUGGUGGAGAGGGCGAGGCGGGAGGUGACGGAGAUCCUGGAGGGCGAGGAGAAGCAGGCGCUGAAGCAGGCCGAGGGCAUCCGGGUUCACCUGGAGCAGAGGUGCACGGAGCUGAAGAAGACGCAGGGGCAGAUCGAGAAGCUCUCCAAGAACAAAAAUGAUGUGGAUUUUUUACAGGUAAAACCGACGAGGUCAUCUCAGAGAGCCGGUUUACACCCGGUUUUAACAUGUAUUUCCAGUGCCGGACCGAGCACAUUCAGCGCCCUUCCUUUGGCACCCCACUCUUUUUUAAAAAUUCCACUUUUCCAAUGUUUUUUUUUCUCCCCCACGGUGUAUUCUGGUGACACAUUAGUGUUUACACCUGUGUCUAUCAUCCGUCUCCAGCUGAUCACUUCAGAUUUCGUCACUGCCCUCGUCAAUUACUCCGGAAG